CGCCUGUCCGCGGAGGACAUGGUGCUCGUCGCCAACGCGGGCCUGCGGACGCCGUCAGGUGCGUUGGCCCACUACCUCACGGCGUACACCCCCGAGUCGCUGGCGCGCAGCGACUACCUGCGGCCGCCGCUGUCGCCCGCGCGCGUGCAGCCGCGCUCGUCGCUGUCGCUGCGCGCCGACAGCGCCGACGUGGACAUGAAGCACCGCAUCCCGCACACGUCCAGCGUGUACGCGCUCCGGCGGCAGGGCCGCGUGCGCUCGCCCGUGUCGCCGCCGUGCGACUGCCUGCCCGUCGACCCGAUACCCCCGCCGGAGCUGUUCGAUUUUUGAAACAUAAAUGCCGGUGCCGUCGCGUCUCGCGAUAUUAAAAUAUUCGACGGUGACGGCCGGCUUCUUCCGCGCGACCAGACCUCGACCCGUUCCAUUUUCAAACCUUCCAGCGGUGGUCACGUUUCCGCGCCUCGAGCUUAGGAGCUGUUCGAUUUUCGAGUCCAUCAGCGGCGCUAUACAGUUCGGUUUUCAUCAACCGUCGCGGCGAGACAUAUUGAGUUCGAUUCUAAUUUUUAGUUUAAUUACGGAUUGCAGAUAGAAGUGCGUUCUCGUUUGUUCCGCGAACACAGUUCACGGAGAAGUAUCUGUUGCCGGUUAGUGCCGGCCGUAACGUUCUGAAUCAAUUCGAUUUGUCUAUUCUCAAAUCGAUGUUUUCUCGUUUCUAUUUGGAAUGUAUCUUAACGAAAUCGACUAUGAAUUUAGUUUUCAUUGUGUUUCGUAAGACACUUCACGUUUGUUAUGUUAAUAUUCGAAUAUUUUUUUUUCUAUUACAAGAGACUUAAGGUUAAUAAUAAUUAAGAUAUUGUUGUAAUAUAAAAAAAAUGUUUUAUCUAGCUAUUUCUCUAAUCAGUCGAACUCAAAUUAUGGUUAACUUUGUCAUAUUUAAAAUAAUCAUAUGUAGGAAAUAAUUGAUUUAUCAUAAAUAUGUAAAUAUCUCAGCUCAAGACUCUUUCAUCCGAAUACACUUUAGUGUUUCCAGGAUGAUGAACUAUAUUUAUGUACUAUAUUCGGAACUGGUCUUUUAUAAUUUUUCACAUGGCAAGCGGAAGUGUUACCCGCUAUGUUAAAUAAAUGAAUUCACUAAGACUUAUUAUUUAAUCUGUAAUAUCAGUGAUUGAUGUAUCGGAGCGAAAUUGUAACGAGUUGUGCCAAGUGCCGGUUCUCGGAGCUGUCGGUGUGGAAGUGUAUCGAUGAUGGUUCAAUCAAUAUUUUAUCGAACCGAACGUGUGUUUAGUUAAAUGUAAUCGCUCUCAAGUCGAAACGCCUCGUUUAUUUUGUAAAAAUAAAUAAUUGAAACUUUUAUCGUCGUGUCGUUCACGGAUUUUUAAUUAUUUUUUUUUUUAAUGUAGUUAAGUAACGGCCUGUUGGUGUGUGUCGUGCGGAAUUGUUUAUUUUUAAAUAAUUUAAAAUAAAAUAUCACUUUUAUUUAUAAUUGAAUUGGCAUUUUCUGGUUUAGCUUGAACUUUUUAAAAGACAUUUAAUGGUCGCUCUGCACACACCGACGUACCGACGUUUGUGCUAUCGCUUACAUAUUAAUUUACUUAUCUUAAUAAUGUAAUAAUGUACAAAGUGAGUUUGCGCUCAAGAUACAAGUUAGCUUAGUGUUAAUUAUAAUUUUCUUUCCAACCGUAAUGACAAAUGUUGAUAUAAAAUAUUGCUGUCAUUUUGACGAUAUGUUAUCUGUCAUUGUUAAAGUCUCCUGCUAUUCGUUAAAUUUAUAGCUUUUAAAAUUAGAGAGUAACAAUCCGCCACAUGUUGAAAUUGCUAUAUUAAAAUGUUUUUUUUUUUUUUUGUAUGUGGCAACAUUGAAUUAAAUGUAUUUUAUUUAAUUACUUCAGUGCAAUAAUAACAUACCCCAGUCAAUAUCCAGUAUUGAAUAGUUAAAAUAAAAGACAGUUUUAAAAUGGCAAUAGAAACAUUGGUUGAUUGUGGAAUAGUCAAAUGAUUGGUGACUUUUAUAGUAAUGCUGUAGCGGAAUUUAAAAAAAAAAUAUUCAAUGGAUAUUUAUUUUUGCCAUGGCAACACUUGUAACGAAUAUUGCGCUUCUAUCUUUGAAGUGUGUCAGUGUAUAAAAAAUGGUAACACGCGGUCGCCCACUGCAGUUGCCUCUUUCUAAUUAUAAGGCUGAAUUAGAAAGUGUCAAAAUGUUCUAUUAAAUGUAAUACUGUGGGUUGAACUCUCAAUCUAGACGCAUUAUAGGGUAACUCACAAAAAAAAAAUGUUAGAUGUGUAACGUAAUUGUGAUCAAAGUAUUAUGGACUUUGUAGUUAUAGCAAUAAUGUUCAUUAUUACACGUGUCAAAUUGUUCUAUGUUUUAUUUUUAAUUUUACCAUAUUGUUACACGGUAUGCAUUGUAAUCAGCCUUUUAUUUGUGAUUGAUAUAAUAUAUUCUUUUGUGAUUUGG